AUGCGUGAGGUCAUCAGCAUCAACGUCGGCCAGGCUGGUUGCCAGAUCGCCAACUCCUGCUGGGAGCUUUACUGCCUCGAGCACGGCAUUCAGCCCGAUGGUUACCUUACGGAGGAACGCAAGGCUCAGGAGCCUGACCAAGGCUUCAGCACCUUCUUCUCCGAGACCGGCCAGGGCAAGUAUGUCCCUCGCGCCAUCUACUGCGAUCUCGAACCCAACGUCGUCGACGAAGUUCGCACCGGUCCCUAUCGCAACCUCUUCCACCCCGAGAUGAUGAUUACCGGCAAGGAGGAUGCUUCCAACAACUACGCUCGUGGCCACUACACGGUCGGCAAGGAGCUCAUCGAGGGUGUUCUUGACAAGAUCCGCCGUGUUGCCGACAACUGCGUUGGUCUCCAAGGCUUCCUCGUCUUCCACUCUUUCGGUGGUGGUACCGGCUCCGGUUUUGGCGCCCUGCUCAUGGAGCGUCUGUCGGUCGAUUACGGCAAGAAGAGCAAGCUCGAGUUCUGCGUCUACCCUGCUCCCCAGACGGCCACGUCCGUGGUCGAGCCGUACAACUCCAUCCUUACCACCCACACCACCCUUGAGCACUCCGACUGCUCCUUCAUGGUAGACAACGAGGCUAUUUAUGAUAUUUGCCGUCGCAACUUGGGUCUCGAGCGCCCCAACUACGAGAACCUGAACCGUCUGAUUGCUCAGGUUGUCUCGUCUAUCACUGCCUCGCUCCGUUUUGACGGCUCCCUCAACGUCGAUCUGAACGAGUUCCAGACCAACCUGGUGCCCUACCCUCGUAUCCACUUCCCUCUCGUCGCCUACGCGCCUGUCAUCUCGGCCGCCAAGGCUGCCCACGAGGCCAACUCUGUUCAGGAGAUGACCAUGUCCUGCUUCGAGCCCAACAACCAGAUGGUCAAAUGCGACCCGCGUCACGGCAAGUACAUGGCGACCUGCCUUCUGUACCGCGGUGACGUCGUUCCCAACGACGCCCACGCCGCCGUUGCCACGCUCAAGACGAAGCGCACCAUCCAGUUUGUCGACUGGUGCCCGACUGGCUUCAAGCUUGGUAUCUGCUACCAGGCUCCCGAGAACGUGCCGAACGGUGAUCUGGCCAAGGUCAACCGUGCUGUCUGCAUGCUCUCCAACACCACCGCCAUUGCCGAAGCCUGGAGCUCCCUUUCCAUGAAGUUCGACCUGAUGCACUCGAAGCGUGCCUUUGUGCACUGGUACGUCGGCGAGGGAAUGGAGGAGGGCGAGUUCUCCGAGGCUCGUGAGGACUUGGCUGCCCUCGAGCGUGACUACGAGGAGGUUGCCGCCGACUCUAUGGGUGAGGAGGAACUCGAGGCCGAGUACUAG